UAUAAACUAAAAUGUUUUGAGUAUUAUUUUAAUGUUCGUUUGAAAACUGAAGUAUGAACUAUAUUGUUCUUCUACUAGUUGGUCUUCUGACCUUCGAUGCGGCGCAUUCCCACGUCUUAAAAAGAGAUGUAGCGCCCCUUUCAGACGAGCCAUCCUAUCGCAAGAAUUUACCCUCAGCCAAACCCCAACGGAGAUCCGGGUCAAAUGAGGAGACGAAUGGAAACUCCUUGGAGAGCGUCGUUCUAGCCAUAGAUACGGGAGUUAAGAAGUUCAUGGAGGCUAAAUCUAAGCCUGAUGUUAUCGAUGGUAUUGCGAAGAGUCUGGUUGAUUUGGCUAAGAAUAGUGUCGAUACUAAUUAUAGAGCAAAGGGACAGGGGUAUGAUUUGAAGCCAGAGAUAAUUCACUUCAGAGCCAACAAGCCUUCAGUUAUGUUCGAACUAAAUUCCAAAUCUAUUAUCAGCGUGUUGAAAGAUCUCUUAAAAUCGAAGACUGUACAUAAGUAUAUGGACACGUUUUCAAAAGAAGCUGCUGUCAUAUUCCGUACAUUUAAACAUGAAAUGGAUAAAGUGCAAAGAAGCAAGGCCAAGGAGCAAUAAUACUUGCUAAAUGGUAUUGACAAUGAAGCCCUCUUUAAAGGGAUUUGAAAAUAAAUAAAU